AUGGCAGAUGCAGCGCUCAGGGACCGGCUGAACACCCUUGUCACAUCGAUGUUCGCCACGGACAUGCUGGACGAGAAUUUCCACCAACUGAAGUCGAUGGAGGAGGAUGGCACCGCAGCCCCAGGCUACGUCGCCGACAUCAUCAACCUCUUCAUCAGCAACACCAAAAGGAUCCUCAACGACAUCGCCGCCCUGCUGAACCAGCCUGUGGUCGACUUCGACAUGGUGGACGUCCUAGUGCGUCAGCUCAAGGGGUGCAGCUACAGGUAUAAUUGA